AUGGGAAACGCAGUUUUUUCACCCAUCGACCCGGCCUCUCCACUCUCGAUUUCACCUCAUGAAACCGCAAUGCUGCUCAUGGACUAUCAAAACAUGGUUCUCGCAAAGAUUGGGGACGUGGCCGCCACCAGUGUCCUUAACAUUGCAUCACACAUGCGCGACUGGGCACUCCAUAAAGAGAUGACCGUCAUUCACUGCCUCAUCGAUGCUUCGCCCGGCUCAAAUCCUCCUGAAACUUCGAGGAUGUCGGCCACAUGGAAAAUGUACGAAGCCAAACUUGUUGAAGUGCCUUGGCUGGGCCGUGAAGCGGAGACACUGGCGGUCAGAAAACAUCCCACUCGGGAGUUCACCGUCCUGAGAACACCGGGUUUCAUCUCCGCCCUUGAAUCCCAUGGAUUGUCGAGUGUGUUGAAAGAAAAAGAAAUCAAGUCGCUCAUCAUUGGCGGGGUUAGCACGUCUGGCUGUGUGCUGAGUACCACUCGCGCUGCAACGGAUCGUGGAUACAUUGUGACUGUGAUGGAGGAUGCUUGUUUUGAUCCCGUUCCGGGCUUGCAUGGUAUGCUGGCCACACAUGCGUUGCCUAUGAGCGCUCACGUGGCAACUUCAUGGGAAAUCCAGGACGCAUGGAAGAUUCUCUAA